AACUUCCAUGGGCAGCAACAGCCGCUGGCUGGAGGGACCAGCGCUACCCCCUCCCCAUGCAACCCGACAUUCUUGCCAGUUCCAGCGCGCAGUCUCCUGGUCCAUCGCACCGUUCCGGUGACAACGUGUUUGGGGCUCCUUUCAGACCAAAUCCCAUCUCCUCCCCCUCCUCUCCCGUCGCCGCCUUUCACCUCUCUCCGAGGCAUUGCGGUUCCAGAGUGUUCCUUUCCUUGUGAAUGUUGAUCUGGCAGAGCUCUAGCUCUCUGCAGUGGGUGCUGCCCUAUGCCUCUACCCCGUGACCGGCUGCACUGUCCCCAGGGCGCCUCUCUGUGUCCUUACCUUUCCUGGGUUCAGCUUUGAUCUGCUUGCACCUCCGUUCAUUGCCUUUUUUUUUUUUUGCCCGCAGGUCUUGUGACACCUACGCCUUCCCUCUCCCUCCUUCAGGCGUUUCUCUCCCAGUUUUUGUCUGCACGCUAGCACAGUUUAGCAGGGUCCCCCAGGGCAGCUGAAAAAGAGAUGCUGAUGGUGGCUGCUUGUUAUUAAAGGAGAUGAAGUUCUCUCUUUUCCGCCCCUUAUUAGAACUAGGGGUGGUUGGAUUGGGAAUCAGUCCCGAUAUACCUAUAAGAAUGGAAGGCCGGGUGAUCAGUUGUUUCUCCAAGUUAUUUUUUUCUAUUUAUUAAUAUUAGUUUUAGGUUGGAAGUGAGAUUUAGCAUUGCUUCUUAGCUGUGGCAUUUUGAAGGGUCUUCCCCAGCUUCUUCAUCCUGCUUAACACUGCUCAGUGAUCACACCACCUUUGAUAAACCAACAGGCUUCUAAAGGGACAGUCCUCAAAAAGUUUGUGAGGUGGGUCUCUCCUUGAAGGCUCUCUUGGUUGUUAGGCCACGAACAUGCCCCCGCCUCAGUAGGCUUUUCAAAUGGUGCCCAGGACUGAGAUGGUGCUCAGUAGGGUGCCCAGAUGAGGGUGGGACUCCUGCACCUUUAUUCCCUCUUCUACCCAACUAUUAAACAUGCACGAGUCCUGUCCUUGUGUUCUGUCUGGCCACCCUACUUUCGAACCAGCUUUGGGGUGUUGAAAGAGACAGAUGCCCUGAUGAGCUGUGGUCAGCUUGUAAUUCUGAUAUGUGGUGCUCUGUUAACAGAACCUCCAUGUUUUCCAGGUUAAGCACUGCCUUUUUGGUCCCAUAAUAUCCCACAGUUAAGGUGGAUCUUGUAUCCUCUUGCAGACAUGUAAAGUUCUCUCCUUCCUAGGCUACUCUGCCAGUUUCCUGACAUGAACUGAGCCUCUAGCUGAACUCCUGGACUUUAUUUUGAUAAUUGAAUAUCUACAAAUCUCUCCCUUCCAUGACUUGAGAAAGCUCAGGGAACAGAAUCUGAGAAGUCUGAGAUCUAUGAUUGGGUCACCCAUCUGUUGGUAGUAGAAAGCAAGAGAUAGUGUAGUAUGGGGGACAAGCCCAUGAAACAAUCCGGCGAGUCACAAACCAACACAGAACUCUCUUGUUGAACUCUUUUUCAGGCAGGGGUUUAGAAACCACACAUGAGUUGGGGGGUCCAUCCAAAAGGUUGUAAGCAGGAGCCUGUUGCUUUGUCCAGUCUUUACAGGGCCAGCCUCUACCCUCAAGCAAUGGGCAAUUAUAAGACAUAGGUGGUGCGUGUAUGUGUAAGAGCCUUAUGUCAGGUGGAUAGGGCACUGUGGGGUAGGCUACUUGGUGGAGUAUGUAAAAGAAUGACCUACAACAUAGAAUGUAUGGGAUGUUAGGGGAGAGGUAGUACCUCUGGUGAGGGACAUGUUGUGUUUCUCCUGGGGUAGUUUGUCCACUUUGGGUCUCCACCCUGCACUCAGUUCUCACCUGCGGCUCCUAGAAGCUGUCAGCAUGUGACAGCAGCCACACCCUGGGAAAUGGCUUCGACUGGCCAGCUAAACCAGGUGAGGAUAGCCAAUGGGUCUCAAACGUACUGUGAGGGGUCCCCUGCAUGCGAUUACAGGCUCUGGUGGACGAGACCAAUAGUGGGUCCGAUGGCGGUUUCUGCAUGUGUUGUAGAGGGAAGUGAUGGGCAGAUGGGGCUUACCAACCUGGGAAGGUUGCCCGUCUAGGAGAAGGAAAACUCUGAUUCUAAACCUCCACUGUGUUGCGGGAUAACUUUGGGAGAAGAAAAGGCUAAGGAGUAAACCCGGCACAAAUCUGGAGUGGAGUCCCCAAGGCGGUUGGAUGGCGUCUUGUACAACUCCUGCAGCCAAGCUGGUGCUAACUGUAUUUCUCUGUUUUCCUUUGGACCACAUCAGCGAGGCCGAGAGGGGUCAGAUCUUGUCAUCUGGGCAGCACAGGACCUCCAUACCCACGCCCAGGCUUGCGCCCCAGGGAGGUCACUUGGGUGCUGCAAAUGCAGCAGUUUGACUUCCCUCCUGGAGGAACACUCCAUUGUGUCUUGAGACAGACGGAUGUCAACAACAACAUAGAACUGGGAUAAACAUGACUGUGGCCGUGAGAACUUGCUUUUAUGGCGGUACAUAGAAACACAGACCACUGGCCCAUCUAGUGCAGAACUUUCUACAUUGGCUGCCAGUCACUCUCCAGAGUUUCAGAUAGGAGCUUUCCUAGUCCUACCUGAACAUGCCAAGCAUUGAAUCUGGGGCCUUCCACAUUAAAACCAUGUGCUCUGUCACUGAGCUAGGACCCGCAGCAAUAUAUUAUAUUGGUGUGCAAGGAUGAGAAGGAACACAAGUUAUUUUACCAAGACAACUUUAAGACAAGUUCCUUCCUUCAAAUUACUGUGUGCCAUUGGCAGAGAGUAAAAAUGAGCAACGUUAAUGAUGCAAAGAUGACUUGAUUCAAUCCCUUUCUCUUCCUUCUUCCUUGCACCUCAGUCUUAGGGAAUGGAUUUAAAGACAAUGAUGCAGCCAGCAGCCAACCUUGCUGAAGCUAAACAGGCCUUCACCUUGUCAGCACACAUCCCUCCCCAGGUUUGGUUCAUGGUCUCACCAGGCAAAGGGAAAUGCCUCUCUCUGGAAAGCUGCUGCCUGAGUAGACAAUACUGAGCUGGACAGACCAAUCGCCUGACUUGAAAAAUGACUCUUUGCUAAACAGGGAAAAAAAUCAUGAACAAAUAAAACCUCUACAAGCAAGUUCUCCAUUGACGAGGAGGCCAAACCAGAGUGCUUUAUAAUGGGCACCACAAAUGAGGAGAUGGUCUCAGUGGAGCAGAACUUGAACCCUCUGUGCUUUGAAUGUGGCCAACAGCAUUGGACAAGGGAGAACCACUUGUACAAUUAUCAGAACGAUGUGGACGAUGACUUGGUCUGCCAUAUUUGCCUUCAGCCCUUGCUACAGCCAUUAGAUACCCCUUGCGGCCACACAUUCUGCUAUAAGUGCCUACGGAACUUCCUGCAGGAGAAGGAUUUCUGCCCUCUGGACCGCAAACGGCUCCAUUUUAAGUUGUGCAAAAAAUCCAGUAUCCUCGUCCACAAACUGCUUGACAAACUCUUGGUGUUGUGCCCCUUUUCUUCAGCGUGCGAGGAAGUGAUGCAGCGGUGUGACCUGGAAGCACACCUCAAAAACAGAUGUCCUGGGGCUUCCCACCGAAGAGCUGCCUUGGAGAGAAGAAAAAACAGCAAAUUGCAGGCAGACACAGAGAGCGAGAAUGAGAACAGCAUGAUAGAUCACCCAGGUUCUCAGUCUCCUGACGCAGAGCAUUCUGGGACAGGAACAGCACCAGCAGAGCAGAACAUUACAUCAGCAACUGUCCCUGUGUGGACAGAUGAGUCUGGCCUUGACAACCCUGCCUUUGAGGAGAACACAGGAGCUGACACAACUCAUCAGCCGCCGAGUUUGCCGGAAGGUGAGAUCACCACCAUAGAAAUCCAUCGUUCCAAUCCUUAUAUCGAGCUGGGAAUUAGCAUAGUGGGUGGCAAUGAAACACCUUUGAUCAACAUUGUUAUUCAAGAGGUUUAUCGAGAUGGGAUCAUCGCCAGAGAUGGAAGACUCCUUGCCGGAGAUCAAAUACUGCAAGUCAAUAACUUUGAUAUCAGCAAUGUGUCACACAACCAUGCCAGGGCCAUCCUUUCCCAGCCUUGCACGGCGCUGCACUUGACCGUGCUCCGAGAGAGACGCUUUGGGAGCCGAACUCACAACCACAGUGACAGCCCUCCGCAGCGAGAGGAUAGUUUCCAUGUGACCCUGCACAAGCGCGACUCCAAUGAACAACUCGGCAUCAAGCUGGUGCGCAGAACGGAUGAGCCUGGGGUUUUCAUCCUUGACCUUUUGGAAGGCGGCUUGGCUGCUCAGGACGGCCGGCUCUGUAGCAACGACAAAGUGUUGGCUAUCAAUGGGCACGACCUGAAGCAUGGCACCCCAGAACUGGCUGCUCAGAUUAUCCAGGCCAGUGGCGAGAGGGUGAGCCUAGCCAUUUCCAGGCCUGCCAAGUCACAGAUCGUGAGCAUUCUCAGAGAUGGAGGGAUUCACCCCAUCAGCCAGCACCAAUCUCAUUCGCUGUAUCACAGUAACAGGCCCAGCCCACAUAAGGACCUUUCCCAAUGCGUUACUUGCCAAGAGAAGCAUAUCACGGUGAAGAAAGAGCCCCAUGAGUCCCUUGGCAUGACUGUAGCGGGAGGCCGAGGAAGCAAGAGUGGGGAGUUGCCAAUAUUCGUCACAAGCGUGCAACCUCAAGGCUGCUUGGCAAGAGAUGGCAGGAUCAAAAGAGGCGACGUGCUGAUGAAUAUUAACGGCAUUGAUCUGACCAGCCUAAGCCACAGCGAGGCAGUGGCCAUGCUGAAAGCCAGUGCUGCCUCUUCUGUCGUUGCCCUCAAAGCUUUGGAGGUCCAGAUCGCUGAAGAACAGCCCCAGGCCAAUGAUGAGCAGCCCAGCACCAUCAGUGAGAACGAAUACGAUGCAAGUUGGUCCCCAUCAUGGGUUAUGUGGCUGGGGCUUCCCAGCUGCCUGCAUAGUUGCCAUGACGUGGUGCUACGGAGGAGCAAUUUAGCAAGCUGGGGCUUUAGCAUUGUCGGUGGCUAUGAGGAAAAUCACACAAAUCAGCCUUUCUUCAUAAAAACAAUUGUCCUGGGAACACCAGCGUAUUUCGACGGAAGACUCAAAUGCGGCGAUAUGAUUGUUGCGGUCAAUGGACUUUCAACCGUGGGCAUGAGCCACUCAGCACUGGUUCCUAUGUUGAAGGAACAGAGGAACAAAGUAACAUUGACAGUUAUCUGCUGGCCAGGAAGCCUUGUAUAGACGUGCAAAAAAAAAAGGAAAACAAAAGGAAAACAAACACCACUUUGAUUCAAGCAGCUUAAUUUUUCUAGAUGGCUGGUUCAAAAUCUUCAAGCUGUGUUUUCUUCCCCCCUCCCCUUUUCUAUUACUGAUGCAGCUGGUAAUAAGCUGGGCCAAAAACUGCUACAUUCAUACCUUGCGGGGGAGCUAGGGAUGGGAAAGGAAGACUCUCAACCUCACAGUGUGUCUCUUUCCAUCUCAAAACCACCAUUUCUGCCAUGUUCGUUGUGUUUUUGCUUUGCUUUGUUUUGUUUUGUGUUUCCACAAGUUGUCCCAUCCAAGCAUCCACAUGCACAACACACUUUAGGGCAGGCAUAGGCAAACACAGCCCUUCAGAUGUUUUGGGACUACAACUCCCAUCAUCCCUAGCUAACAGGACCAGUGGUCAGGGAUGGUGGGAAUUGUAGUCCCAAAACAGCUGGAGGGCCAAGUUUGGGGGUGCCUGCUUUAGAGGCAUGGAGGGGUUGCUUGCAGAGGACAGCUUUCCCCAGCCACUCUAGUGUUUAUAUUCAACCAACCAGCACGAUGGCAUGCCGGCAUGUCCAAAGCCAUCCUCGCUGAUCCUGCUGCUGCUAAGUGUUGUCCCAAGUGUACAAGCAAGAUCGAAUUUGCAAGCUGGAUCUGAGGGCUUGAACUAGGCAGGAUGAAAUGUGCAAGCAAACUCUUGUCACGCAGAACUCUCAACGAUAGCCCCCCAGCCCCUAUAAAAUGUUUCCCAUUUUGCUUCCCCAUGUUGUGGACACCAUCACUUGGGAAAGAAGCUUUUAAGAAGCACCCUUUCCUGUGGUUAAAGUGUGCUCUUGAUCAUUCAACCAGAGAACAAUCGUACAAGUUGAAUCCUAUGUCUUACAAUCCCUAUGGCUCUAUCAGAAGGGGGCAAUUCCUUGUAUUAUGGCGAGCAGCAGCUGGCACAGUGGGUAGGGGGCAUGGAGCCGCCCUGCUGUCUGUGGUGCCACUGCUGCUUACCUAGACAAGGUGGAGGCAAGGUUGGGACUGUGCAACCACACUGGGUGGAAGCACUGCAGUGGUUACACUGGCUCAGCCCUUCCCCAUCCCAGUAGGCAAUUCAUCUUUUGGGAGGUUGGUGUCCAACAAGCUGCAGGCAACUGUACAGGGGAAGGGGCCAUAGCUCGGUGGCAGAGCAGAUGCCGUGCAUGCAAUCAAACCCAGGUUCAAAGCCUUGCAUCUCCCAAUAAGGCUGGAAAAGCCCCAUCGGGAAAUUUAGGGUGGUAUUCAAAGUUGCACCGAGCGGAUCAUUCUGUCAGCGCGAGCAUUUCUGCUUGCCAGACAGAACAAUCUCCCUUUUCGUCCCUCUGCGUGCUCUCCCGGCCAUUCUCCUGACCGUCCCAAGUAGAUUCUGGAAGGUGGCAAAUCAUGUUGCCCUAGCGGGACUCUUUGCACUGCCUUCCACUAGCACAGCACCAUGUCACCUGCCGCCACCACGGGAUGCAGCGCUGGCAUGGAAAUCCAAGGUGGGGCGCAGGGGCAGACCAUGAGGUGAGUGUUGUCCCACAAAAGCAUUUGCGCCAGGAAACUCCACAUCGCUGUUGUAGUGUAUGAACCUGUCCCUAGUUCCAUGCGAUCAGCAGGCCCAUGUUUCACUGUCAAGCAUGGCAGCCGGAGUUUGUCACCCAGUUAGUAUCGGCCCCAAGGCUGCGGCUGCUAUUUGAUUUAACUCAUGAACACAUCAGUGCGCCGCCACCAGUCAGUGAGAUCUGCACUGUGUCCAGAGUCGUUUCUGCAUCAAAUGCGUAACCAUGCACACAUUCUACAUGCAUCGUCUGCGCUGUGCUAUGGACAAGGUUGUGAACCCGCUGUGAUAAACCAAAAUCCUGUAAUCUGAAUAAAUUAUGAAAACUUUCAAGUA